CCUUUCAUAUUAGGGUUUAGCUUCUCUAUCAUUCUUUCGCCAUUGGAAGGAAUCUUCACAGCAAUAGCCAUGGUGAAGGGGCGUCAAGGAGAAACUAUCAGGCUUUAUGUGCGAGGCACGAUUUUAGGAUACAAAAGAUCGAAGUCAAAUCAGUAUCCGAGCACUUCAUUGUUACAGAUCGAGGGAGUUAACACGAAAGAGGAAGUGACAUGGUACCAAGGGAAACGCAUUGCCUAUAUAUACAAGGCCAAGGUGAAGAAGAACGGAUCACACUACCGUUGCAUUUGCAUUUGGGGGAAGGUCUCACGUCCUCAUGGUAACAGUGGAGUUGUUCGAGCUAAGUUCAAGUCUAACCUUCCUCCCAAAUCUAUGGGGGAUAGAGUGAGGGUUUUCAUGUACCCAAGCAAUAUCUGAGGGGGUAAGAUGGAAACCAGCAGCAGCAUCAAGACAUUUAAUUUGGUCUGUCAUUUUCUUUGUUUUGUUUGUUCAUGGAUCAUUUGAAGUUGUGUGGUCCAUGUCAGAUUUUUGUAUUGGCACUUCUUGUUUGGGGUAUGAAAACUCGAUAAUGUUAGUGAUGGAGGAGUUUGGCAUUCUAGUGA